AUGGGGUUUUUUAUUCGAGACCUUCAUAAUCAUAUCGCUAAACUUCAUCAGGAACAAUAUGCUGGGCAUGCACGUUCGAAAUCAUUUAUUGUCUAUCAUGGUCAAUGUUUGUCAGAGACAAACUUUGAUCAAUUGAACAAAACAAAAAAUGGACUUUUAUCAUUUAAUAAUUUCUUAUCGACUAGUACGGAUCGUGAAGUAUCGUUCAAUUUUAUUCGUCAAACUAUUAGAACAUCCGAUCUUGUUGGUGUCUUAUUUGUCAUGAAAAUUGAACCGUCCAUCGUAUCUACGCCAUUUGCUAAUGUACGUGACGUCAGUUAUUUUGAAGAAGAAGAAAUUCUCUUCUCCAUCCAUUCCAUAUUUCGUAUCGGUAAAAUCCAACAAAUGGACAAUGAUCGUCUUUGGCGAGUAGAUCUUACGCUAGUCAGUGAUGAAGAUCCGGAAUUGCAAGUACUGACUGAACAGAUACACAAGAAUACUAAUCCUAACGCAAAAGGAUGGGAUCGUUUGGGUAUGUGCCUAAUUAAACAGGAAGAUUUCAAUAAAGCUCAAGAUUUGUAUAAUAUCUUGCUUGAUCAAACAACAAACGAUCGUGAAAAAGCAGAUAUUUAUAACCAGCUAGGAUUGGUCAAGGAGAACCAAGGUGAAUAUCAAGAGGCCAUUGCCUAUUAUCAACAAUCAAGUAAUAUCCUUGAGAAAAUUCUCUCUCCGACGGACACUCGAUUAGCUGCUUCUUACAGCAAUAUUGGUUUGGUGUAUGAUAAGAUGGGUGAUUAUUCGAAGGCUCUUUCAUUUCAUGAAAAAGUACUAAAAAUUGACCAAAAAAAUCUUCCCUCAAAUCAUCCUAAUUUAGCUGCUUCCUACAAUAAUAUUGGUAUGGUUUAUGAUAACAUGGGCAACUAUUCGGAGGCGCUUUCAUUUCAUGAAAAAGCAUUAGAAAUCUAUCAAAAAACGCUUCCUUCAGAUCAUACUGAUUUAGCUGCUGCUUACAACAAUAUAGGUUGGGUUUAUAGAAACAAGGGUGAUUACUCGAGAGCACUUGAAUCUUAUGAACGUGCUCUUGAAAUUCAACAACGAUCACUGCCUCCUGAUCAUCCUGAUCUUCAAGAUGCAGAAUUUGAUAAUACAAUACUAGUAUCAUCGAAAUCUUCAUUUUGA